ACAGGUAGUUCGGUUGCACUCGCAGCAGGCCUGCGUCGGUGCCACCGGAGCAUCCGGAGCCCAGUGCGUGCGUUUCCCCGGCCGAGCGCAACAAUGCGGCGCUGCUGGAGAUAAAACUAGGACUGAAACUCGCCGGAGAUGUCAGACAGCACUUUUAGAGUCACACUUAACCCGAGAAGAUGUCAGAUGUCAACAAGACCGUGCAGAAAUGGCACGCCAGCUUUAAAAAAGGCACGGACUUUGAUUCGUGGGGGCAGCUGGUGGAAGCCAUCGAUGAAUAUCAAAUACUCGCCAGGCAGCUCCAGAAAGAAGUGCAGUCUUCAAACUCGCACGAUUUUACAGAGGAGCAGAAGAAAACCUUGGGAAAGUUUGCCACAUGCCUUGAAAUGCGAAGUGCAGCCUUACAGUGCACACAAUCUCAAGAGGAGUUCAAGCUAGAAGACCUGAAAAAACUGGAACCCAUUAUUAAGAAUAUUCUGACCUACAACAAAGAUUUCCCUUUUGAUGUCCAACCAGUGCCUUUGAGGAAGAUUCUUGCCCCAGGUGAAGAGGAAAACCUGGAUGUUGAGGAGGAUCUGGACGCUGGUACUGGAGCAGGUUCAACGCCCUCAUUCACCUCACGACUUCCAGGUUCUCUGUUACCACGUUUGCCCUCGGAGCCUGGAAUGACAUUGCUGACUCUGACGAUCGAGAAGAUCGGUCUGAAAGACGCAGGACAGUGUAUCGACCCCUACAUUACAGUCAGUGUUAAAGAUCUGAAUGGCAUAGACUUGAACCCAGUCCAGGACACACCAGUGGCCACGCGGAAGGAGGACACAUAUAUUCAUUUUAGUGUGGAUGUGGAAAUCCAGAGACAUCUGGAAAAACUACCCAAAGGCGCAGCUAUUUUCUUUGAAUUCAAGCACUACAAACCCAAGAAAAGAUUCACCAGCACUAAGUGUUUCGCUUUCAUGGAAAUGGAUGAAAUCAAGCCAGGUCCCAUUGUUAUUGAGCUGUACAAGAAACCGACUGACUUCAAGAGGAAAAAACUCAACCUCUUGACGAAGAAACCACUUUACCUGCACCUUAACCAGACUUUGCACAAAGACUAAAUGAUCUUAAAACCAAACUCAUGACAGACACAAAUGACUGAUUUUCUUUUGGUGCAUCACCUCUCACAUUCCUGGCAAUAUUGGACACUUUUCCCUCAGAUCUCCAGUCUGAAGUUUGGAAUUUAUGGCGUCUUCAUCUGCAAGAGAGACGAGGAUAUGAGACGGAAACCAUUUCAAAACCUCAAAUGUUUAUAAAUACUGCUCUGUGUGAUGAUUUCUGAAGAAAGCGGAUGGAUAACUUGAUAUUUAGGCAACAUUCUUCAUUGGUUUUUUUUAUAUUUUUAUUUUAUUAAAGACGUAGCUCACCCUCAUAUUCCAAACAUGCUGUCAAAAUUUGAUAUGCAGUGGCAGAAACAGAAACAUCAAAAAUAAAUCAUGAUUAUAAAAAACAUUGUUUAAUUCUGUCUAAAAGCGUAUGAAAAUGUUAUGCAAGCAGACAGAAUUAUAACGAUUCACUCAAAUUAAGUAUAAUUCAACAAUCAUUUUCUUAGAGUUUGGUUCAUAGAAUUAAUAAAUAUUAGCAUCCAGUUUUGUCUUGGGUUUAUUAAUAACUUCUGCAUCUUUUGUUCUGUGGAGGAAAAAUCGGCAAAUAGAUAUGUUUGGAACUAUAUGAGGGCGAGUAUAUUAUUAAAAACAUUUUAGAUUACCCCCAUUAGGCCUACGAAUAGUGUUUAACAGUUUAGCAUUCUGCUAAUGCUACAUACUCAUGAAUGAUCUUCACAAAACCACACUGAAAGUCUUCAUAAGUUGUAUUUUCAGACAUAAGGUUUUCUCAAAUACUUAUUCAGUUUUGUGUUGAUAUUACCAGGCUAAAACUACGUUAGCAUUAGCAUUUAUUUGAAAUGUAGCCUUUGGAUUAUAAAAACGCAUCACCCUUAUCAAAGUAAAUAUAAUAAUAAUUCAUAAUAAGGAAAGCCAGUAAAUAUUAACUUUGACCACAAGAAAGCAGAGUCAUUGUCGGUUUUAUUAGCUCCAUGUUUGUUUGGAAAUUACUGAGGAAAUUACUGAGGGAUUUCUCAAAAUGUUUGGUUUUAACAGAGUUUAAAUAGCCUACAUUCUGGCGAGCUCGGCUAAUUUUCAGCUUCAUUUUUACAGUUUUUGACACGAUCUUAGCUGAUCAAGAAAUAAUUAAUAAUAAAAAAUGUGUUUUACCCGUCAGUCAGUUUAAUGGUGUUGAUGUCAGUGUUGGAGUCCCGCCAAAACCGAAUGAAGUGAGUUUAGUGAAUAAAAACCUUACACAUAUGGACGGACGGCUUUAUCAUAAAACGUGUAUCAUUGCACAGCUUUUUCUUUUUCUCCAAAUGUCUCAUUUCUAAUAAAUAAUAACGCUGCUUG